AUGCAGCCUUAUCCAGGAAACCAAUCUCCUCCAAUGUACGGUAAUCCACCUUAUCCUCAAAUGUCACCACCAUUUCAAAUGCCUCCACAACCUCAGUACCAACCAGGACAACAGUACGUCAUGACUCCAGGUGUAUUAUAUACGUCAACUGGAGCUAUUGUUGGUCCUUCUGUACCACCUCAACAACCGAAAGGAUUCUUUUACUAUGGAAAUAGUGGACAAGGAUUUCAGGGACAGGAAUUUAUCUAUGCCCCAUUUGAUGAUGAUACAGUGAGAAAUCGUUUUAUCAGCAAAGUCUACUCAAUUCUAACGGUACAGUUAGCAAUAACUGCAGCAAUCAUUUUAAUUUUCAUGCUUAUACCCGGAAUUUCAAUAUGGGUUACAAAAAACCCUUUUACGCUUUGGUUAGCACUAGGAAUAUUUACUAUGGUCUACUUUCCUUUGUGUUGCAUUGAAAGUUUCAGGAGAUCGUACCCAACAAAUUUUAUUGCACUGAUAAUACUAACAAUUGCGCAAUCUUUUCUAUUGGCAGCGGUUUCGUGUACCUAUUCAACGUAUAAUGUUUUGACAGCAGUUGGAAUAACAUUUAUGAUUUGUCUAUGUGCUACUGUAUUCGCUCGUACAACCAGUAUUGAUUUUACUAAAUGCUGGAUUGUUCUCUUCAUGCUAUUAAUUGCACUCGUAUUUAUGGGUAUAGCAAGCAUGUUUGUUUAUAUGUAUUACGGUAGAAAUAGUGUGUUUCAUGUGAUAUAUGGAGGAUUCGGUGCUGCUGUAUUUACUCUUUAUUUGAUAUAUGAUACUCAACUACUGAUUGGUGGACGAACGUAUUCUCUUAAUCCAGAAGAAUACAUUUUCGGCACAUUAAUACUCUACAUCGACAUUAUAAUGAUAUUCACGUAUUUAUUAAAAUUAAUUGGCGGAGAAUAUUAA